UCGUUUUGUUCAAUAUUCAAACGUCCGCCCCGUUCCGCGGUUCAAUAUUCUUUAAGCUUUUGCCGUAAAAUGAACACAAAUUCAUAUUCAUAAAUUCUGCGCAAAUUCUAGAUUGUUCUAGUAGAUCCAGUUAACGAAAACCCGAAGCUAUCGAUUCAAUCACUCUGGUUGUGAGAAAUAAUUUUUGAUUCCUUAGAUCUGUGUGCCUAACGAGUUAUGGCGCAUAGAAGAUCAAAGUUGCUCAUCUUGUUGUGUUGUUUAUCGUACACUUUGUCAAUUGCCAUUGCUGCGAAGAGUUACUAUGAUAUUUUGCAAAUUCCAAAAGGUGCUUCGGAUGAACAGAUCAAACGAGCUUAUAGGAAGCUUGCGUUGAAGUAUCACCCUGAUAAGAAUCAGGGAAAUGAAGAGGCUAAUAAGAAAUUUGCUGAAAUCAGUAAUGCUUAUGAAGUGAUUUCGGACAGUGAAAAGAGGAAUAUAUAUGAUCGCUAUGGGGAAGAGGGUCUUAAACAACAUGCUGCUAGCGGGGGCAGAGGUGGUGGAAUGAACAUGCAAGACGUAUUUAGCCAGUUUUUCGGCGGGGGCUCAAUGGAGGAGGAGGAAGAGAAGAUUGUGAAAGGUGAUGAUGUCAUUGUUGAUUUGGAUGCUACAUUGGAAGACUUAUACAUGGGGGGCUCCUUGAAGGUUUGGAGGGAGAAAAACGUUUUAAAGCCGGCCCCUGGUAAGAGGAAGUGCAAUUGCCGAAAUGAGGUUUAUCAUCGACAAAUUGGUCCAGGAAUGUAUCAGCAGAUGACUGAACAGGUCUGUGACAAAUGCCCCAACGUGAAGUUUGAAAGGGAGGGGUACCAUAUUACUGUGGAUAUUGAGAAAGGAAUGCAAGAUGGUCAGGAAGUGGUCUUUUAUGAGGAUGGUGAGCCUAAGAUAGAUGGUGAACCUGGAGACCUGAAGUUCCGCAUCCGCACAGCUCCUCAUGAGCAGUUCACAAGAGAAGUAAACGACCUUCGCACCACUGUUACUAUAACUCUGGUGCAAGCUCUGGUUGGUUUCGAGAAGACCAUUAAACAUCUCGAUGAUCAUCUGGUGGACAUUAGUUCAAAGGGAAUCACUAAACCUAAAGAAGUGAGGAAGUUUAAAGGUGAAGGGAUGCCGCUACAUUACAGUAACAAGAAGGGUGAUUUAUACGUUAAAUUUGAGGUUCUUUUCCCCACGUCAUUGACGGAGGACCAAAAGAAACAGAUCAAGGAGGUUCUUGGUUAGGAUACAGUAUAUUAUUUGGUCCCAAGUAAUGAAUUCUGGGCAUCUGCUUUGAAGGUGCAUUGUGCGUCUGACUUGGUAUAAUCUUCCAGGCAUCUGCGUUCUUAUUUUCAAGGCCCUUGUACCAAAUUCAUGUUUCCUUUUUCUCUAUUUUUGGGUGGAGGUGCUCAUUUGAAUUAUAGAGUAGAACCCAUUUUACAUGUAUUGAACAAUGAUUUAUAGAGUAGAUGGAAAUAUGUACAUUACAAGGCCCAGUGAUUCACAUAUAUUUGGAUGACUGAGUAGCGUAUUAGCUGCUGCUCUAUUUUGAGAUGGUUUA